AAGAACGGGCGAAUAGCAGAGCUUGCUUUUGUGCCGUUUUGUCUGCUGUGCGUUGCGUGCGCAAUUAUUUUAUGGUGGUGUAGUGUGCAAUGUCGGGCGGUGAAUUUAGUUAAAUUCAGUUCAGUUGGUUAUCAAACAGUUUCGUGUGACUGAUCAUUGAAUUUUUGGGCAACAUAUAUCCAAUAUCAUAGUGUAAUUUUUGUACUCUUUUUCCAAAUCGACUCGCUACAGUCCGCUGCACACUUGUUGUCGCAGUGAGCUAUCGGUAAUUUACCUACUGUAUUUUCUCUCGUAAAAUGCUAUGUGCUCAAUGGUGGACUUCCAGUAGUAACUAAAGAAGGCGGACUCAUUUUCUGUCAACAAUAUUUUAAAUUUGAAUGCAGCGAUUGCGCGGGAGUGUCUCGCGGUUUCCCCGCGCCGCCUAGCCGCCCAAUAAACGGCGGCGUGGCUGCGCAAUUUAGCGUUUUAGAGUAACGCGCAACCUGGAGCCGAAAACGGGUCCAUUGUUGCGGAGGGCGCGGCGGCAUAAUGGACGACGCCGGCAGCAACAAGCAGCGGCAGGCCACGCGGGUGUUCAAGAAAAGCUCACCAAAUGGAAAGAUAACAGUGUAUUUAGGCAAAAGGGACUUCGUCGAUCACAUCACACAUGUAGACCCGAUUGACGGGGUGGUGCUUAUCGACCCUGAAUAUGUGAAGGACCGUAAAGUAUUCGGCCACGUGCUGGCGGCCUUCCGCUACGGGCGGGAGGACCUGGACGUGCUGGGGCUGACCUUCCGCAAGGACCUCUACCUGGCCGCUGAACAGAUAUACCCACCGACGUCAACAAUAAAGCGGCCAUUGACGCGACUACAAGAGCGACUCGUGCGCAAGCUGGGCCCCGCGGCCCACCCGUUCUACUUCGAGUUGCCCCCGCAUUGCCCCGCGUCGGUCACCUUACAACCCGCGCCCGGGGACACGGGGAAACCUUGCGGGGUCGACUACGAGUUGAAGGCUUUCGUGGCCGACUCUCAAGAUGACAAACCUCACAAGAGGUCAGAAAAUAAUAGGAACUCUGUCCGCCUGGCGAUCCGCAAGAUAAUGUACGCGCCGAGCAAGCAAGGCGAGCAGCCGUCGGUGGAAGUCUCCAAGGAGUUCAUGAUGAGCCCCAACAAGCUGUAUCUGGAAGCAUCGCUUGAUAAGGAGCUAUACCACCACGGCGAGAACAUAGCUGUCAACGUUCACAUCGCGAACAACUCCAACCGAUCCGUGAAGCGGAUCAAGGUUUCCGUGAGACAGUUCGCAGACAUAUGCCUGUUCUCCACCGCCCAGUACAAGUGCACCGUGGCCGAGGCGGAGAGCGAAGAGGGUUGCCCGGUGGGCCCCGGGUUCACGCUGAGCAAGGUGUUCUCGUUGACCCCGCUGCUGGCCAACAACAAGGACAAGUGGGGGCUGGCGCUGGACGGCCAGCUCAAGCACGAGGACACCAACCUCGCCUCCAGCACGCUAAUCGCAGAUCCGUCGCAGCGUGAAAAUCUAGGAAUCAUAGUUCAAUACAAGGUCAAAGUUAAACUCUGUCUAGGGCCUUUAGGAGGCGAGCUGAGCGCGGAGCUGCCGUUCAUCCUCAUGCACCCCAAGCCGGAGGAGGAGCCGCGCGCGCCGCCCGCGCCGCGCGCCGACACCGACCUCAUCCAGCUGGACCCCGGCCCAGACGAGAACGGUCAAGAGCAGGACGACGAUAUAAUAUUCGAGGACUUCGCGCGGCUUCGGCUCAAGGGCACCGACGCCUGAGCGCCCCCACCGACAGGAUUACUGUAGUACAUUUCUUAAGGUACUGAAUUAAGAGGUUAACAAUCUUGAUAUAACUUCUUGUUCAAUAAUACAAAUAAUAAAAAUAAUACAAAUAAUAAUAAAAAAAUAAUUUAUAGCCACAAAAAAACUCAAAUAACAUAUUUCAUAAUAAGUUGCUUUUAUACUGUUGACACUUUUAAACUAGUGCGUUGCGUGGUUAUCACAUUACUGACACGCUAGUCACCCUGUGACCACGGACGGACGAAGUCAGGAAAAAACGGUACGUUUGCGCACAUUUAAUAUUUUUAUACUAUUGACCAAAUUAUACUUUACAAAUAAACAAAUGUAUUGGAAUAGUUUACCAUUAUUACAGUACCUAAAGAAUUGUAAUAUACGCACGGAGCGAUCCCUUUGUAGAUGUCCAAUGCGUGUUUCCUAUUGUCAUGAUUGUAGACAGGGUAUAGAAAUAGCGUAUUAAAUAUAUAUACGGGACAAAUUACACAGACUGGUGUAAGUUCGAGAUGUGUGUGUUAUGAGAUACUAAUUGUAUACUUGUAUGAAUAAACAUCUAAGUUUUUCAACAUGCACUGACUGCGAUUCCAAUUCUGCAUUUGAUUCGUGGAAUUUAGAAAUCUGUCGGCGGUGUAAAAGGUAGCUUUAGCACUUAGUUUGGGUAUAGCACAAUCUGUAUAAUUUGUCUCGGUAUAAGUAUGUAUUUAUAUUGACCCUUUUAUAUCGGAAGUUUUGAUUAAGGGCCAGUUUUUUAUUCUUCUGACUGCGUCUUUUAUUACACCUGUCGUUUAUUGUUGUGUCAAAUCUAUUAAAUUUCGAAGAGGAACCACGCAUUGGAUAUUUAUUUCCUAUAACUCGGGCAUUUUAGAUAAAGUCGUGAUAAUCAGAUAAAUCAUGAGUAAUCCUCGAUUUUGAAAGGGGUAAAACGAGGGACAGGUUUACGUACGUCCGCGAAUUUUGGACUCUUAAUAAUAAUUUGUGGAGAGGAUAUUAUGACUACUGAGUGAUUCGCGCGCUCUUAUUGGUUAACGGUUGGUAUAACAGCCUAGCGGUAUGCCGACUGUCGUUAAACUUUUGCAACUAAAAAUUUUAGUCAUAACAUGCCGUUUUUAUAAUAAAGUAAUUGGAAAGGUGCUUAGUUUUGUUUUGAAACUUAGUUAGAUUGUGUUUGAUUCGCUUUAUUAUCUGUAAUUUGAAUAGAAUUUUGUAAAUCUUCAGCACUUAUUUAAAUCAUCGAAAAAUAUUUGAAUAGUUUGAAGCACAAAUAGAUGAUUGACGAGGUAGACCCCCAAUAAUCGCGCGCGAAACAACAGCAUAUUAUAAUGCAGAAUUUUAUAUUAUUCAAUGUAUAUUGUAUGUGGAAAAAUAUUUUUAAAUAGUUGUCUAUUGAUCAAAUCAAUUUAUGUGAGUACAAGUUUCCUUUCGUUUAGUAUUAUAUUUUCAAUUAUUGUAAUCACUGGCCACUUCUAUUGUUACAUAUAGUGUAAUAUGCAUUUAAUAGAAUAAAGGUGUCUAUGAAAUGAAAUUGCUUAGAAAGAUUUGAAAUUGGCGACUUCUAUUUGCCUCUGUCACACUAUAUAAAUAUAUAUAUGGUGUAUACGUAUAGGUACAUACACAUUGUAUUAUAAAAAUGUUUUUUUCAGCAAGUGAGUUGCGAUCACAUCUUGUACAGUUAGCAGCACAUCAACCUACCCAAAUUCGCCUCUAUUACCUCGUCGUGGUGUUCCAUGCAGGCUUACUUGAUGUGCUGUUAACUGUACGUCCGGAUAAACGAAUCAUUUUUACCUGAUGUCAUCAAACGAAAUCUUGUUUAAAUUUUUACAGAGAAAUUAUUAAUUAUUGAGAAAGGUUCAACUCAAAAUGCGUUGUAUAUUUGGAGGGAACGCGAUUUAUACCUGUAUUGUAAUUAAAUUUCAGCGGUAGUGGUGUGUACUCAUUAUUGUUAAUGUUGGAGGUUUUACAACGUAGACUUAUGCUAACUUGACGGGCGGCACUGAUAUUCUUAUUCAUAAAUUUAUUAACUAUGGUGUCUAUAAUAAUAUAGCAGUUUUCUUCUGUGUAGUCUGUGGUACAUUUUAACGUUCUGUGUUUAAAUGAGAGCUGCCAUUUCUGCCUACUAGUUGGCAGGUUAUUUUUUUUAUCUUGUAUAAUAAAUAAUUAGUAUUCCCGGCUUAAGGGUUAUUGAUCUUACACAGAACUAACAGUUAUGUCGUGAAUGUUCGAUCUCGCUCGCACUUUUUGGAUUUAAGGAGUGCCUUAGUGAUGUGCGCGAUAGGUAAAGUUGUGUCGAUUGUAAACGUCGACCAAUAAGAAAAGGGCGUAGGUAAUGGGAUAUAAUACCAUCUAUUUUUUCUAUCCACAAUAAUCAUUUAGAUUUUUUUAUUGAUAUAUGAAGGAUAGAAAUAACCAAUAAAAAGGUAUAAAAUCAAAUUACGUUGCUAGGACAACUCGGGAGAAAACUGCUCUAAUAUAUGUUAUUUUAGAUGUGAUGUGGAUGUGUGUCCGUCAGGUUAUCAGUCUCAUUAGUAUUACUGCAUACAAGUUGUAACAAAAGUGAUACAUCUAUACUUAUAAAGGUCAGUGUACCCAUCAACAUAAACAACAUUCCAAAAAAUAUUGGCUUAAUCUAAUUUUGUUCCAAAUAAAGAUGUUCACAUUGAACCAUUACAAUACCAUUUGUUUUUAUUAUAUCUGUAAUGUAAGCCGUUCUAACAUUAACUGACCAUUGACCAGAAUAAGGUAGAUAUAUCCUUUUUGUUACACUGUGUAUAAUCGCGAGGGUGGGCACGCUCCCCGCCCCGUGCCCGCGGGGUCUAGCUGAUCUAUACAGCGUGUUUGGUCUCAAACCCCAAGCCGGCUAUGAUUUUAAACUUAAAGCCGAAACCAAUAAACCGACGCUCUUUGGUCGCCACAAUUUAAUAUAGACCGAGGAUUUUGGUACAUGUUCAUAUAAGUAUCGUCAGCCUCUCCUACAAUAGGAGACUGGAGACUCUUCGCUCUAUUAUGUGUUCUCCGUCAUGCGGUUUCUAAGGUUUUUGUACAAAACGGUGGUCCAAUAGUACCAGAAGUAAUUAUUUUUAAUUUGGAGCUGGAUAUUUGGCGACGAUAACACCGCAAAAGACACUCCAACGAUUAUCAUUAUUAUUACUUGAAGAAAACUUUAGUGUCUUGCUCUUGUCUAGACGUAUAACCUACACUCAGUUUAUUUUUAUUAAUUUGGUCCAAAUACGCUGUAACGAUCCGGCUCUUAGACAAUUCUCCGCCUGUGGCCUUCAAUACAGAAUUUAUACAAUUCUUUAGAUGAAAUUAUAUCAUGAAUCAUUAUAAAGUCUAUAAUUUGUUGAUUAUAAAUUCUGCGCUCAUAAUAUGAUAAGAGAGUGCCUCGCUCGCUCAUUUUAUCAAUUUUGAAUAAACAAAAUUUUUUUUCACGUUUUUUGCAAUGAGCGAGCAAGACAGUUGCUAUACAAAUAUUUCACUCCCGCGAGUGUGCGCUUUUAUAUUGCAAUUUUGUACUUCAAAUUUGUUGAAAGCUAAAGGAAGCUACAUAUCUACAUUUCUGUUUUGCGAUUUACAAAUCUAUGUCGGAUAAUGUCGUAACGUUUAAUUCAUAUAUAUAUCAGUUUGUUUCUCUUGGUGUACCUAUAUCAAAUGUUGUACAACAUUGUAGUAUUGGUAUAUUACCUAAUGGCCAAGUUUAUGUAAUCAUAGCACAAUGUAGUGGUGGUUUGGCGUUCCUGCGCCACUCGAAUACAAUUCUUAUGAUAUAUAUUCUGUGACAAUGUACAUUUUAUUCGCUGUACAGAUAUAGUUGUAAAAAUAUGUGGCAUGUUUUCUUGUAUAAUAAAUAAUCUUUAUGAUGCACAAAGUAUUCUGUUUCCAACAACUCGGCCCCGCACAGGGUCGUUGUAAUACAUUUUGAUAGAUGCGCAUUUUGACAACUAACUUUAAAUGUAGUUGUCUAGCCCUUUGUUUGUAGUAACGUAACGAGAUAUUUGAAUAUACACGUUCAGUUAUUUUACCUCUUAAGUAGAGUAAUCAGUGAUCUUUUGAACAAAAGACAUUUGUAAAUAAAUGACUAAAUGUAAAUAAUGCCCGGUGGCCCCAUCGGUUCACAGGGAUUUCUUGAUCAGAUACAAAAAAAAAACUAAGAAAUGCCAAAACCACGUAAUGUUUUUGGUGAACUAAUAAAUUCUUUUAAUACUACAAUAAA